GUCAAUAGAGCACGACUCAUACAUUCACUUACCGUGAUUGAUAUAGCUUUUUCAAGUAUAAAUCAAUGUCAUAAAAAUGCUAUUUGAGAAUGGUUCUUUUUUAUAACAUCUAACAGGGGAUUAAUAUUGUUUAAAAGAAGUGAGCUUAACAGGAAAGUAGCAAUUCUUUUGCAAUGAACGCCAAACCAGAUGACAACAAAUUUAUCAGUAAUUUAGAUGAGGAAGGAAAGAAGAAAGCUAAAGAAGAGCUUAAUGAAUUAAAUGAUGAGGACAGACAGAUUGCCCUUCAAACCUUUAGGCAGUGGGUGGUUGACCUAGACUGGUUAAAAUCUCCUACAGAUUUUGCCUUCCUUCUUCGUUUUCUAAGAGUAAGGAAGUUUAGCCAGCUUGGUGCUCGAGAAACUCUUGAAAACUAUUUGAAAGGUAGGACAAAUAGUCCAGAAUGGUUUCAAAAUGUUGACCCAUCAGAUGAAAUUAUACAAGAAAUCUUUAAAUCAGGAUUUUUCCAAUGUCCGAUGAAGUAUGAUAGAAAGGGACGUAGAAUUUUACUCUGUAAUUUCUGCGACAUGCUGGAUGACAUGAAGAAACCAGCGUUUCUAGAACAUAUCAAGGAUUUAUCAAGCGAUAAGUAUAGAGUGGACAUAGAGAAAAGGAAAACGGACGAUACACCUGCCGCUUCGUUCAGGAAGUUGAACGUUUCAUAAGCGAUGCUAUUUCUUAUAGACGAUGACUAUGUUUUGUGUUUUAAUGUCUGCUUUAUAAAAUUAGUUUUUACAUCCAUACGUUUGCGGACAGUAGGCUGCAAAGUAUGCAAUCCUGCGAGCCUGGUAAUUUACGAUCCUACGAUGCCACCUAUAAUACAUUUUCAUUCCUAAAAGAGACUAUUUUCAACAACUUUAACAAAGUGAAAAACUCAAACUCUAAUUGGUUAUUCUGUUCACUUAUACUUUUAGCUUUUAUAAGGAGAUAUUUACAGCAUAAACGGAUUAACGGGAGUGAUUAAAUAUAGUCGAUGUAUAUGCCUUACUCAUCAAUGAUGCCAGUCGGUAUGACAUAAAUCAGCAUUCCGUCCUAUUUUCUUUGAAAUAUAUGCAAUAGCGGCUUAUAAAUUCAUUCAAAUUCUUGAUUCGUUAAACUAUACGGGUGAGACUAACACAGAGACGCCGCCUAUUGUCGGAAAAGAUUGU